AUGCUGGAGAGCCAGGCGGUGAUCGGGGACACGGACAUGCGGCAGGCGAUGCAGCAGUACGCGCUCCGACUCGCCGGGAAGGCACUGGACGACUUUGAGGCCGCCGACUCCACGGAGAUCGCACGGUUCAUCAAGAAGGAGUUCGAUCGGUCGUACGGGCCCGGAUGGCAGUGCAUCGUGGGAACCGACUUCGGGUCGUUUGUGACGCACCACUCCGGCUGCUUCAUCUACUUUGGCAUCGGCAACCUGGCCAUCCUGCUGUUCAAGGGCGGUGCCGGCGUGGCUCCUCACGGUGGGACCAUCGCGGAGCAGGCGCGGCUCACGGCGCUGAAAGCUGCCGUCGAGGCGUGA